GAACAAAAAAAGGGGGGGCAAGGGACCAACGAACGUUUCUCCAUAAUACCUAGGAGAAGAGCUACCCUGCAAAAGCCCCUGAGUGCGGGGAAUCCCUGAUACUUUUCUUUUACCUGAUACCCAACGCCAUUUCACUAUGUAUAGGACCCCGCUUCGAUACAUUAGGUAGCUCUCAUCCAUCGUUAAUACAAAACUUUCUCCCUCCUCGUGGGUCUUAAUGCUAAACACGUAUUCACGAAUAUAGAUUAAUCAAACCCGAGGAGUGUACUGUGUAACUCCAAGGUAAAUGGCGCCGAGCAAGGCUUUCACGUAUUGCGAGGGCGUGCCGUCAUGGAACCCGACGACAUAUAUCGCUGACGCGGCGCUACACGAACGCGCCGAAGCAUUCCUCGCUAGCGAUGAUUUCCAGUCGGCUGUCAUAGCCUCCUUUGCGCUACCGCAUCCCCGUCGUGAUUCCUACGUCUACCAUGCCAUCGUUAGCGUUACCUUGGCCGAAGUCCAACAUAUCGUCUCGCUUGGACGUCAGAACGCCUUCCACGCCUGGUACUUCGAGCCUGCACCCGCACCCGCACCCGCGCCCUCUACCGAAGACGAUGGUGCAAAGCCCGAGCAAACCCCAUCCUCGAAAAAACUAAGGGCCCUCCCACCACCUCCACGCCCCGACAUCGACGCCUACCUCUCCAUCUUCGACCCCAGCACCUCGACCCCCUCCGCCCUCAAGACAUUCCUCUCCAACGCCAAGAAGGGCAGCCUGCGCGCCGAAAUAGCAAGCUACCUACAGUCGAAGCGAUACCUACACCCCGCGCUCGCCUCACAACUCACCAUCCCCAAGCAGAACAAGACCAAGAACAAAAACAAAACCAGUACCAACAACAACGUCCCGCCGAACCCCUACCUAACGUUCCUAAACUGGAGCUGCCGCAACCUCGAAUGGGCCGGCCCCAGCGUCUCCUCGACCCUAGCAGGCAACCGCUCGCACCACGUACUCCCCGUCCUAAUGCACCACUUCGGAUGCGCCUGUCCCAGCCACGAAGCGCUCUCGAUCCUGCGCGUGCUCGCCGCGGGGCGCGAGGUGCUAGACCUAGGGUCCGGCGGGGGAUACUGGAGCUUCAUGCUGCGACAAUACGGGGUCCGCGCGGUGCCCGUGGACAGCGCCCAGAGCGCGUGGCGCGUGAACUGGGUAUCCGACACGACGAUCGCCGACGGCGCCGAGUGGCUGCGCAAGCGACGGCGCAACAACAACAGCACCAAUAAAUCCUCGGCCGGAAAUAGCAAAACCAACACCGAUAUAGACCCCGACGAAGGGGUCCUCCUCCUCGUAUACCCCAUCGUCGGGGGCACCAUUGCCGGCGGCGAAGAGGGCGGUUUCACGCGACUCAUGAUGGAUGCGUAUUCCGGGGACACGCUAGCCGUGGUCGGGACGCAGAAUCACAACGGGUACACGGGAUUUCGGGGCCUGAGCAUGGACGAGUAUAUAGAACGGGAGCGCGCGGGCGAGGGUUGGGUCAAGGUUGUUCAGGUCGCGCUACCGAGCUUCCCGGGCAAAGACGAGGCGCUGUUCGUCUUCCAGCGUGGCACCAGGGCCCCGACUAGUACCGACGACGACACCAAUGUAGCUAGCCAGAUAGAUGAUAGCAGUGGUAGUAAUUUGAAGAAAGAUGGUACAUGACUAUAAAAUGGUCUCUUACGGAGCUUUGUAGUGCUUAGUUUAUAUUGUCAUACCUUACUCUCGUCUCUACUGUGGCACCUUAGGGGACUGAUUCUAGGUAGGAAAGAAAAGAGUGACCUUGAAACUGGCAUUAAUAGGAUAACUGCCUAUCUUGAUGGGCAAUGACUAGCUUAAUAUAAGGCAGAAAAUCAUUUGUAUUAAGG